ACUCUGUUCCCGUCCAAAAAUCUGAUCCUAAAAAAGUCAGAGAACAACCUGCGUGCUUCAUCUCCGCGAAACAACGGAAUAACAAACUCCGUAUCUUUUUUCUUCUUUCACCGGCGUUUUAUUUAUCUGCGCGGCUGCGUUUUUUUCUUCGUCUGGGCGACGGCUGCACCAACGGCCACCGCACGCCGCUAGAAAAACUUCCCACUAACGACCGCGGCUCCGCUCUCAACAAUUCAGCUACUCCAAAUAAAGUUCAUUCCAGUUUUAUCGUUUGGGAAAUAAGGAAUCUUAGUGUGGGAAAUAGAUGUGCACAAUUAGUUCUGGAAUUGUAUUUUAGUGUGCAUUGCCGAUCCAGAGAGCUAAAAGAUCAUCUUCACCAUGGGUAUGGCACGGCGUAAAUUGGUCUUAAAUUUUUUGAUGAUCUAGUCUGGGCCAGGAAUUCAGGUCAAAGUUGAAAGAGUAUGCUUUCCAAGUUAAAGUUCAUCCCCCGUGAUCAACUAGAUGAGGAAAAGAAUAAGAACUCAGAUAAUUCUCAAAAGCACAGGAAAAGAUCUGGUCAUAAAAGGACGAAGCAUAGAAAAAAUAAGAGGUCUCACUAUGACAGUUCAGAUGAUGAAGUAGUAAAAAUAUCAUCUGGGAAAAAGAAGUGGAAUGACUCUGAUGAGGGGUUUUCCUCAGGUUCAGAUCAUAGUGAUAGUGAUUCAGAUAUUUGUGAGAAAAAGAAAAGGCACACUAGUAGAAAGAAAAGCCAGAAAAGAAAGCACCGAAGUAGCAGCUCAAAUGAUGAAGUCAGACACUCUACCAAAACUAAAGAAAGAACUCGAAGAAAAGAUGUUUCAUCCGAUGGUUCUUCAUCUGAUGAUACUGAUGGCAGUGGUGGCAAACCGUAUAAUGAGGGUGUUAGGAAAGAAAUUGGAAUGGAAUGGAUGCUUAGGCCGGUAGAAAGUGCAGAGAGGGCUCCAAAAAUUGAUGACAUUCAAUUAGAUGAAGCUCAAGCCCAAGCUCAAGCUCACGCUGAGGAGACCCGAAAAGUAAAUCCACGAGAACUAAAUCCGUAUCUGAAGGAUAAUGGAAGUGGUUAUCCUGAAGAUUCAGAAGGAACGAAGGCCGGUGUUGAACAACUUCUGUCUUCAGUAGUUGUUGGUGAUGGAGGUGCAAGCUGGAGGCUGAAAUCUUUAAAGCGAGCUCAAGAACAAGCAGCACGUGAAGGGCGAAAGCUGGAUGAGAUAGUUGAAGAGCGGUGGGGCUCACUUAGUCAACUGGCUGUUUCAGUUGCAUCCUGUAAAGCUGCCCCCACCCAUGCUCAUCUUCAUGCCAUCAAAAGUAGGAGGCAAGGCUCAACAGAGAGUGAAAUUGCAGACAGACAUGAAAAAGGAUCUGCUGAGAAGGAACCACCUCCUUGCAACCCCAAAAUGAGAGUACCGAAACUUAAAGAUUCAUUAUCUUGGGGCAAGCAGAAAAAGCAGAAUAUGUCGAGCAAGGAUGCUGAUAUUAUUUCUUCUGCAAUAUCCAACUCAAAUAAAUUUGCCAAUGAUGGAAGUUUCAUGUCUAAAUUUAUGCAUCCAAAAAGUGAUGGUUUUGGCAAUGUUUGCGAUUCAUCAAAUCCAAUGUCAGAAACAUUUAAUGAGUUGACACAUCUGGAGUCUACAAAUGGCAGCAAAGAUGUCUCCGAUGUGAAGCCUGCCUUGAGUGCAAAUCAGCUGGCCGCCAAGGUGAUGCAAUUGCGCAUGAAGGGAUUGCACAAUGAAGCAGACAAACUCAUGAAAGAAGCAGAAGAAAUGAAAGCAAAGCAAGCCGCUUGUGAUGGUAAAGGUGACACAUCCAGCAGAUAUCAGAUUGAUGGGAGCACAAGCAGGUAUAUUAUGCAUGAACAUUCCAGUCUACAGAAGAAGAAAGAGGAUGAUGCUGACCUUCAUUUGGCUCACAAGAUUGCGCGACAGCAACAGUAUAGUUUAUCUAGUCGGGCAGAUGAUGAAUAUGACUAUGAUGACGGUCCCGCGAAAAAGGCUCGGAGGAGAGGAGUAGCAGGGACCAAUGGCAAAUCUGGGGAGAUAACUAAUAUUGCAAAGCGCAUUGUGACUCAACAGGAGCGCUGUCAAUUCUGCUUUGAGAACCCUAAAAGACCAAAGCAUUUGGUUGUCUCCAUUGCAAAUUUCACAUACUUAACAUUACCCCAGUGGCAGCCCAUUGUCCCAGGUCAUUGUUGCAUUUCAACUUUGCAGCACGAAUCAGCAACAAGAUCCGUUGACAAUAACGUGUGGGAGGAAAUUCGAAACUUCAAGAAAUGUCUGAUCAUGAUGUUUGCACAGCAAGAAAAGGACACAGUGUUCCUUGAAACUGUAAUGGGGCUAGCAAGGCAAAGACGUCACUGUUUAGUUGAGUGCAUUCCUGUUCCACGCGAUGUUGCAAAGCAAGCACCUCUCUAUUUCAAGAAGGCAAUUGAUGAAGCGGAAGAUGAAUGGAGUCAGCACAAUGCAAAGAAGCUUAUUGACACAAGCAUAAAAGGUUUGCGGGCUUCUAUCCCCAAGGAUUUUCCUUACUUUCACGUCGAAUUUGGUCUAGAUCGGGGAUUUGUCCACGUUAUUGAUAAUGAAAAAGAGUUCAGAAGCAAUUUUGGGUUGAAUGUGGUAAGAGGCAUGCUGAAGUUGGCUGCAGAAGACAUGCAUCGAAAUAGGAAGCAAGAUUCUGUGGAGACACAAAUGCACGCUGUUGCAAACUUUGCCCGUGAUUGGGAGCCUUUCGAUUGGACAAGCCAACUCCACUAGGUUGUAUUUUUAUUUUUAUUUUACACUUUGGAUGUGGUGCCUUUCAGGCAAGACGAAAUUUGGAGUCUCAAUAUAGCAUUUAUGUUCUUUCUAUAUGACAUGUCUACAAAAUAAUUUUGCACCCCUUGUUUUGCUGUGAUAUCCCCUCAUGUUUAAAACUUCAUACCUAGUAAUUAUGUCAUUUAUUAUACUUUCAGCCGUCUAUUCACAGGUCCAU